AUGUGUGACGCCUCCAAUCAUACUGUAGAUGCCGCACUUGCACAGCGCGAGGGUAAGCUCCCUUACAUUGUUGCUUAUUCUUCAAAGACAUUGGAUGCGUCAGGAAAUGCAUCCCAAAAAGAUGAAAUACCUCAACAACCAAUGUUAUUUUGUGAAAUCUUUGAUGUUUGGGGCAUAGAAUUUAUGGGGCCAUUUCCUAACUCAAGUGGAUAUCUUUACAUUCUGUUGGCGGUUGAUUACGUAUCAAAGUGGGUGGAAGAGAUUCCUACCCAGCUUGAUGAUGCUAAUACUGUGAUUUCUUUCAUUAGAAAUAAUAUUGUAUGCCGCUAUGGGUCACCACGAGCAAUUGUGAGCGACCAAGGUACUCACUUUUGCAACAGAAAGAUGGAAGCAUUACUCAAGCGAUAUAGGGUACUACAUAAGGUUGCAGCCACUUACCACCUCGAAACUAAUGGCCAAGUGGAGGUAUCCAACCGAGAGAUAAAGCGGGUUUUGGAAAAAGUGGUGAUCCCACAAAGGAAGGAUUGGAGUUCUCGGUUGGGUGACGCAUUGUGGGUGUAUAGGACGGCCUAUAAGACUCUGCUAGGGAUGAGUCCCUUUCGGAUUGUCUAUGGGAAGGCGUGCCACCUCUCGGUUGAAAUUGAAUAUAAGGCUUAUUGGGUGGUUAAGCAAUGCAACAUGGACUUCACCAAGGUGGGCAUAGCAAGUAAGUUGCAAUUAGAAGAACUCGAAUGUCUUAGGAUGGAAGCCUAUGAGAAUGCAAAGAUCUAUAAGGAGAAGACUAAGACUUUUCAUGAUAACCAUAUCCACAAGAAAUAUUUCCAACAGGGUGAUGAAGUUCUUCUAUACAAUUUGAGACUUAGGUUCAUGUCCGGAAAGCUCCGUUCAAGGUGGGAUGGUCCCUUUAAAGUGAAGGAAUUGAAGCCCUAUGGAGUGGUUGAGCUAUUCCACCCUCAAAGUGGUGCAACAUUCAAAGUGAACGGCCACAUGGUAAAAACGUUUCGUGGUCAUAAGGCACUAAAGGAAUUGGAGGUGUUCCUUCUUGAGGAUGCACCCAAAGGAGGAGAGUCUUGA